AUGAAUCAUCACUCAUCAUCCUAUUGGUAUUUACCAAGUGCUUGGAAGAAUCGAUAUGUUCUUCCGUUCGUUCAAAACUUGCAAGCACAAGAGAAGGAUUCUGAUAUUUUGAAUAAUCCUUCUCUUUCUGAAAAGGAAAAGCAACAACAACUCUCUGCUCGUAAGCUUGACCGAAAGCAACAAAAGAGAUUGAGAGCCAUCUUCAAUAAGUUUGCAUCGGCAAAGGACAGCACAGGAGAACCAGUGAUGACCCCUGAGGACUUUGUGAAAUCUCUCACGCAAAGAAACAUUCCUUUCACCGAGAAGGAACAAGAAUUGCAACAACGAGCACAAAUUACUUCAAGCAAUUUGGAUUUAUUGUUCCGUGUUGCAGAUACUGGCCACACUGGAAAGAUUACAUUCCCUGAAUAUGUAUUCCUUUUCAAAAUGUUGACCACUCCUGAAAGUGAAUUCCAUCUCUUGUUUAAAAUGUUUGAUUUAGAUAAAGAUGGUGCAAUUAGCAAGGAAGAGUUCAAGAAGGUGAUGAGAACAAACAAUCAAAGAGGUGUGGAAUUCGAUUUUGAUUGCGAUUUGAUGCAUAGAUUCUUUGGACGUGACGGAACUGGAAAUUUGAGCUUCAACCAAUUCUCUCAAUUUAUGAAACUCUUGAAUGAAGAAAUUAGAAAGCAAGAGUUCCAAAAGCUUGAUUCUCAAGGCCGUGGAUUCAUUUCAGGUGCUGAUUUUGCCAAUCUCAUUACUCAAUAUUCAGUAUCACUUCCACAAAGAGUGAAAGAAAAUAUGAAAAGAAUUCCUGAAAACUCCAAGAUUACAUAUGCAGAAUUCGAUGCUUACAAUAGAGUGAUUAGUAACUUGAGUUCUAUUGCACAAUCGAUUAGAGGACUCGCUAGUAGAGAAGGAGAUGUCAUUACAAAGGAGAGUUUCUCAACUGCAGCAAGACGUGUGACAGGAAUUGUUCUGAGUCCAAUGGAAAUUGACAUUAUUUUCAACAUGUUUGCUUCGAAACCAGAAGAAGGUGUUCUCUAUAAACCAGAUUAUGAAGAAUUCAUUCGUGUGAUGGAUGAAAAUAAUGCAAGAAGACAACAUAUUUUGGACAGUUGGAGUAGAGACACAGUUGCACCUGAUGGUUUGCAUGAAAUGACUUUCGGAGAACGAUUUUUGAAUGGAGCUGUUAAAGUUGCAACUAAGACUCUGUAUGGUGGUAUUUCUGGAGCCAUUGGUGCUUUUGCUGUCUUCCCAAUUGAUAUGGUCAAGACACGUAUGCAAAAUCAAAGAAGAAUGUUAAAUCAGGGAGGAACUCCACCAAAGAAUCAAAUCAUUUACAAGAACAGUCUUGAUUGUUUCAAACAAAUUUACCAAUAUGAAGGCAUUCGAGGUUUCUAUAGAGGUCUAAUUCCACAACUUAUUGGUGUGUCACCAGAGAAGGCCAUUAAAUUGGUCACCAACGAUACUUUGCGUGAUUUAUUCGGAAAGGAAGGAGAUGAAAUCUACUUCCCAUUGGAAGUGUUGGCUGGUUGUGGUGCUGGUGCCUCUCAAGUUGUUUUCACUAAUCCAAUUGAAAUUGUUAAGAUUAGAUUGCAAGUUCAAGGUGAAUUGGCAAGAACUGAAGGAAUUGCUCCAAAAGGAGCCAUCCAAAUUUGUAGAGAAUUAGGUUUUGCUGGUUUAUAUAAGGGUGCUUCUGCUUGUUUUGCUCGUGACAUUCCAUUCUCUGGUAUUUACUUCCCAUUGUAUGCCUUCUUGAAAGAAUACUUUAGAGAAGAAGGUGCUACUGAAACGAGUAAUGGUCGAUUGUUCAUUGCUGGUUCUAUUGCUGGUGGUAUUUCUGCUGCAUCCACAACACCAUUCGAUGUGAUCAAGACCAGACUUCAAGUUGAAGCUCGAGCAGGUCAAACACAAUACAGAGGUAUUGUACAUUGUGCCAAGACCAUUUUCAAGGAAGAAGGUGUGACUGCAUUCUUCAAGGGAACUGUUCCAAGAAUUUUGAGAAGCUCUCCUCAAUUUGGUGUGACAUUGUUGGCCUAUGAAGCUUUGCAUCGUUUCGUGUCACCAGAGCACUCAAAGAAGGAAGAAAAGGAGCAAAUCAAGAGCUUGCCUGCAUCUGUACCUGUAGAUGAGCAAGAUUUGGAAAAUUUGAGACAACUCUUCUAUUUGAGAACUCAGGGAAUUUCUCAACUUUUUGGUGGUGAAAAGAAGUAA